AUGGCCACCAGGGUGAAUCUCACGCCAGCCCAGAAACAUUCGUCCUCGUCAGGAAACAACCACCAUUAUGCCCUAAAGCAGGUAAUAGGAAAGGGAGCCUAUGGGAUCGUCUACAGGGCAGUCAACCGGCAGACUGCUAAACAAGUGGCUAUCAAAGUAAUCGAGUAUGACGAAGAAGAAGAGCUCAACGAGCACAUGCUGGAAAUUGAUCUGCUGAAAAACUUGAAGCACGAAAAUAUCGUCAAGUACCAUGGAUUCAUCCAAAAAUCGCACCAAUUGUUCAUUUUGCUCGAAUACUGCAGCCAGGGAUCUCUAAGAGACCUGAUCAAAAGAGGCUCCGUGGACGAACAUGACUGCAGGGCUUACAUCAAACAGACACUGCGCGGACUGCGAUAUCUGCACGAACAAGGUGUCAUUCAUAGAGAUAUAAAGGCAGCAAAUCUGCUGCUGGACGACCACAAUGUGGUCAAAUUGGCCGAUUUUGGUGUCUCAACAAGAGUCAGCACGCUGGCCAUGACUUAUGCAGGGUCCCCGAACUGGAUGGCACCUGAGGUCAUGAUGGGCCAAGGAGCAACCACGGUCAGCGAUAUCUGGUCUCUGGGGGCCACCGUUGUCGAAAUUUUAACCGGAAACCCGCCAUUUCACAACCUUGUCAACGAAGCUGCAUGCUACGCCAUAGUACACGAUGUGUACUUGCCGCCCAAAUCCCUGUCUUCCGUCUGUCGCAAGUUUAUUCGCGCCUGUUUCCAGAAAAACGUGUUUCAGCGACCUACCGCGCAAGACUUGCUCAAUCAUCAAUGGAUGAAUGAGCCCCAUAAACCGUCGCUGGAAAAAUUUCGAGAGGGCGAGGAAUCCUCCGAAGAUUGGCGCCACGACUUCAUUGAAGUAGAGGUUUCUCCUUUCAAAGAAAAUGACGUUUCCGACCCUCAACAAAACCUUAAUCGUUUACGGCAGCCAGGCGGGCACUUUAACCCGUAUCUGAUUUUCAAUGAGUGUGACAUUUGCAGCAUCACAUCGUGCUUGAUAGAACUAUGCCAGCGUGGAGAGCUGAAAAAUGUGGAAGAAAUGUUGACCUAUGAUGCGCAGUACAGAGGUGGCGAGUGCAAAAAUAUGUUCAUCUUACUUGGCGGCAUACCUGCGCUGCUGCAAAACUUAGGGCCAGCAGAAACGGUAUUGGGUCACUUUUUCAUUACCGAUGCCAAAGAGCUUAUUAAAUGCGGCAUACUAUCGCAAUGCGGUUUCAUCAAACAUGUGCAUUUGAUGCUUGCUGUCACAUCGGCUUAUGGCACAAUUGUUGAUUUUGAAACAUGGAGUAAAUGGUGCCGUAAAUUGCCGAACAUCGAGGAAACUAUAGUGAAAGGGCUAGAAGCAAACGAUAAAUUAGCUCACGAUACAUUAUUGGGUUUAUCUGCUUCUAAGCAUUUCUACAUCAGUGAAAAGCUGAUACUCAGACUAAUUGCAUUACCAUUAAAAUCGGACUAUCGAUUAACCUACACAAUUUUCAAGAGUUUGAACAGCUUUCUUGAGAGAAAAAGCUCAGAUAGUGAUGCAGUGGAAUACGCAGAAAGUGGGAAGUCAACAGAAGAUUUACAAAUGGCCCCUCUAAACUCUCAAUUUGCCAAUGUAGCCAUCUACUCAGAGAGGCAAUCGUUACCAGAAGGAUUUAUCGACUGGCUGCUCAAAUACACACCCACCGCGUUAGAUGAUCAACAUGUUGUUAAAAACUUUAUCGAACUUUGCUUCAACGCGGGCCACCUAGACCGUGUUGUGCUUGGUGAGAUUAUGGAGCAUGGUGGCUUCUUACAAUUGACGCAUAAACUUCUUCGAGAAUUUUCUGGCGAGGCCCGCUCACGGUAUACCAAAUCCAUGCUUUCUAUAGCACUCAAUCUCUGUGUCGAAUUGUCGCAGGAGGUAAAUUUGAAUAACUUGGAGAUCACCGUUGAUGUCGCUUUAGAUUAUCUUAACAUUCCGGAUUUUAUCACAGGUGGUACUGAGAUUUUGAUGCAUUGUUUUCUGUUUGCGAUACACGAAAAUUGUGCAACAACUGAAGAUCCGCUAAAUAUAUUCAUCCAGUGCCAGGGAAAGACAAUCAGUGUACCACGCGUUGCCCUUCUACGAACAUUUUACUCCGAGGAGCCUAAAUUCGGGAACUACAUCACGAAAUUCACCAGGUUGUGCUCUUUACCUCCGUGCAGAUCUCUGGCCUUCGACAUCGUUUCAAAUCCGCAUUUCAUGAAAAAGACAAAGGUGCUAUUUGACGUUUAUCGCAGCAGUCUUAUCAUUCAAAUUGACUUCUUAAAGUUUCUGAAGCUAAUACUCACACGUUACACCGAGUUUGCACCUAAGUCAGUAAGAAAGGACAUUAAAACAGAUGUCUUAAUGUCUACUGCCAUAAAUCAGCCUAUACAGCUGAAAGAUUCGAAGGUGUUGUCCGAUGUAAUUGAUUUCCUGUCGUCGAAUUGGCAACCUGAUAAAUCGCGGCCAAAUCAAGUUGGCUCAGAUUCUGUCCUAAUAAAGCAGCUCUGUCAUGAUAUCGAACUGCUGAAUAACAGCAAACCUUCAAACACCAUCAGAAGACUAGACAAAAAUGGAUUCGCAAUACCGGCACCGGUGUCAAGCUAG